UGUGCUCUCUACUCGUGUGGGAGUGUGUGCCUGUGUUCUUGCUUCAAUAUCCACAUGGCCGUUUUUCGAUCGUUUACAGUAUUCGUCUUGUAAACAUUAGAAGUGAAAGUUGAAACUCACUAUCGGUGAUGGUAUAGGUGACAAUUGGGCGUGUUACAUGAUUAUUAACUAUUUAUAAAAAUAUAUGACUUGUCAAGGAUCGGUAAGUUACAUGUUGUAAACAUACUAAACGACCAUGUGACGUCAAGGGAAUUUACAAGUGUCCAGUCAUUAAUGUGAGUGAUGAGUUUCGUACUUAUUUUCAACCCCGAAUAUGAAUACUAAGAGUAACAAUAGUGUGGCAGGCGCCGCCCCAGGUCAGGCUAGGAUAGAAAUGCGUCACACUUAUAUUAACACGGGCGGUGUCAGGCCAGACCCCAGUGUUGAAGCAGCUGAUAUGGAUUUCUUGACAGACGCCAACGUAUAUUACAACCUGCCUCCACCGCUGCCGUCGGGCCGUAGCCGCGGGGCGUCACUCCCUCGUGGGCACUUGACAGCCCAGAACCAGCCGCUCACACGAGCCUACUCCUCGUGUCCUGCAUCGCCCAAGCUGCCACCUUCAGCUGUGGUUUCCCGCAAGAAUAAUGUCCCAUCUCUUCGACCCCAAAGCAACCAAGAGAAGGACCUGCCAUCACCUAGCCUCAAGCAGCAAGUGCCCAACCCUCGACAUAAGAAACUGUCUCAUACUCGCUCCUUCGACCUUGAUCAUCUGUACCAGAACCUUGUUAGGGUAGCUUGUAAACCUCGCAGUAACUCCUUCAGUAUAGACCUUCCCUGGCGACGCAAGAAGAAGGCGCACGAUACGUCUACUUCCGACAUCAAGGAGGACGCCAGGGAGGAUGGGAUGGUGUCGUCAACUCAACCAGCAUCUUCCGAGUUAACAUCUUGCAUAUCAGAACCCUGCCAGUCCAGCAGUUCGCGACAUAUCCCAGAAACACGUGGUGGUCACUCGACUUACAAUAGCAGCAGCAGUAGUAGUAGUACCAGCAGUAGUUGUAGCAGCAGCAGUGAGAGUGAAGAUAUUUUGGAGGACUGCUCAACAGAAGUGUGUCCCGGCGUCACCUACCUCAGGGAUACCGUUCAGCGAGGCCAAGCAGACGGCAGCCGAGUUCAUGACGACGCCGUUAAUUCAUGGUAUCACACCGCUGCCACGCUUCCCUUGCGCGCGAAUAAAGAUUCCCGCCGUGGGAGUGGUUCCCAACAAAGCAUCCAGCAGAGACAGGCGCUGGACAUCAACGCUAACCUGGAUGAAUGGCUACGUAAAGAACGCUGGUUGGAAAAGAAACGCAGUUCUCGUAACCUUCGACUGGCAGGGGAGAGCGCAGAGGUGGACAUCGCCAUCUUGUACGCAUCAGACGGCGACAAAUGGAAGAAUUACCUGUAUGAUGUGUUCACCCAGCGAGUACCCCAGGAAGAAGGCUACCGUGGUGUGAGGAUUGAGAUGAAGAAUGUGGAGGAGAUAAAAGAUGACAUUGGACGACUGGAAGCAGUGAAGUUGAAAGGAGCAAAAUUGCAGAUCAUUAUACUGUCCCCCUGCUUCUUGGCUCACAUUGCUGAACAUGGAAGAAGUGAGUUGGGUCAAGUGUUUAAACCAGAGAAAGUUUUGGCCUUGUUGCUGGGGAUUGAUGACAGUCAGUUCACAAUGGCUCAUCGCUCAGCUCUGUAUUCCUACAAUGACUGGCAUCGUCUCGCGGUCCGGAAUAGGGAUAUGAGCUUUAUAUAUGAAGUGUUUUAUGAAGGCAUCAGUAUCCUCAAUAACUGCGAAUUGUAUUGUGGAUACAGAGAUGAAAGUUCUGCAAGAUUCAAGGUCACACCCCGCAAAGUGAACACGAUUCAGCAGCAGGUGUAUAUAAUGCUGAGUGAUCCAGUUAACAGAGAUGAUGUCGAAGUGUUGAUAGAGGGGCCCAAUGAAGUGUCAACGAUAAAGAAAUGGCGCCUUCGUAACCCAUAUACCAUUGAAUUUCGAAUGCCAGAGAAAUUCCUACGAGGAUCAUCUCUUCUGUUUGUAACAGUUCUGGUUGAUAAGGUAGUGAUUGGAUCAAGACAGCUCAAGUGUGAGAGCAAUAUGGACGCACUGAGGGAUAUUCUGGGUAGUGUGACCAAUCCUACAGAUUUUAUGUGCCAGGCCCUAAACAUCAGUCCAACGAGCGAUGAACUGGAUCACAAAUUGGCAGUGUCAGUAAAACUUCAUCUGCCGUGCAAUAAACUUGAAGAAUCAAAAGUACAAAACAGAGAUGGUAGUAAAUUCCCAACUUGGAUUCACUUCAGUGCCUAUUAUGGGUUAGAACGUCUGACUUGGGCCUUACUUGAAAUUCCGGGAGGUGAAGCAGCUCUCAACAGCCCAAAUUGCAAUGGUCACACUCCUUCUGUCUUGGCUUACCAGAGGGGCUUCUCUUCACUGGCUCAUGCACUAGAAGAUGCAGCAAUGGUGUCGUCUUUAGCGGCAAAGGUUGGUUAUAUGCCAACAAAUGAAGGGAAACUUAACAUGCCUGGUGAUACUCUUGUAAAUGAGGGGACUUACAACAGCCCACCACCUCCUCGACCUCUCAAAGCAAGUCAGACAUCAGGAUACGACCCCUUGCCAGCUCCCCGAGAAGUUUCUUGCACUUCACCAUCAGGAACAGAGAUUCCUGAGAUGAUGGUCACACCUCCUCCUCCUCCCCCCCCACUCUCCCCGGCAUUAAAUGACAUAUGUGAUGCAAGAUGGGAAGCCGUACAUUCUCCGGAACUUCCUCCGCCGCCUCUCCCAGAGAGUUCAUCUCAACACUUGUCUCCGCUGCCUCCUCAAGAAUGGACGAAAGAUAGAAAUUCAGUGAAGCAAGAGGAGCGAUAUCUUGAUAUGAAUGUAUCAGGCAAUUGCAAUGAUGGGAAAGUUUGUGAAUACAGCGCAGAUGUGUACACUCUGGUAACAGCAUGGAUGGAGAAAACAAAUAUCAAGACAUUUGUUGAGAAGCAUCAAGAGAAGAUUGUUGAGCUCAAAAACAAACUGGACUCAGAUAAAAUGAAGGAACAUACGAAUGAGCCUGCAGUUUCAGAUGCUGAGGCCGGAGCAGCAGCUCUUCCACAAAGGGGAACAACAGAUCAAAAUGAGAGAUCAAGUCCUGACUCAGCAAGACAGAAGACCAUGGUGGGGCAGUUCUUUGGUCUACUAUUAAGAGGCCGACGAAAACAACCACUUCAUUUGGACCUGGAGGGAUCACGUUCAUUGUGUGACUUGCCACCAAAUGACUACAGCGAUGAUCCAACUCAUAGCAGCCCUAUGAAAGAGACAUCAUCUGAGACUGAUAAUGAAACAAGCAGUGUUCCUGUUAUCCCCCCAAGAAAGUUGAGUGACCCAACUGAAUCCUCUUUACCUGCAUCUCAUGACUCUGUCAGUAUAUCUCCUGGUCCUGCAAGAAGUCAUAAACUAGUAAAACUUGAAAACAAAAAGCAUGCCAUGGAAGCCACGCCUAAGUCAAGGUUACUAACAGAAGAGAGACUACCUCAGCCCCCCCCACGCUCUGAGCAAUCUUAUGAUCCCUAUCUACCAAUAGAAGAUAUUAAUGUACCCAAAUAUUAUCAGGUUAAGUCACAUCAGGAGGAGAUGUCACGAAGUACCAGUAAUUUGGUGAAGACCAACAACUCUCUCCAAAAAAAGAAAAGCUUCUCUGGGUCAAAGACUCCAUCCCCACAGACCAAGAAAAUGGAUGACGACGAAGAACUAGAUUAUGUAACUGUGAAUUAGUCUGUAAAUACCUUACAGUACAUCCCCGGGGGUUCAAAGUUACCAUGAUAAUGUUUUUGAAAUAUCUAUAUGUCUGUUGACCAAAAAAUCAAUAUAAUGCCAACUUUAAACACUUGAAUUUAGACAUGUGUAAAGCCAAAGGUGUGUUGUAGAGAAAAGCAUUUUUGUAAUACACCUGAAUUGUUGUAACCCAAUGAAAUACUACUAGAAACAUAUUUAUACAUGUAUAAGUGAUAUCUCCAUUAGCUAGAACAAUUGGCGUAGAGCACUUAUGGGAAUGAAAGAUUUCCGGGUAACGAGACAACUCUCUCAUACCUGGAAAAAAAUCCCAGCUGUAAAUGGGUACCUAAAUUUACAACUUGGGGAAGUGAAGGCAGUCGAGUGCAGUACUGGCCAUGCUGCCUCCUUCUGUACCUAAGGCUUAGUAUAGAGUGUGCUGCAUCCACACUGUCCCUCAUGGGCAGUCAUGCCUAUGGGACCUAGUUUCACUUUCACAAUAUUGGACAGAGGUUCUGGACUACUCCAUGACACUUGUACUGCCUUGCAAUGAUGUACAUUUUGAGACCUUGGAAGGCAGGUCUUGGUCUCAAUCUUCAUUACUAGGUCUUAGUACUGAAAGUAAAAAGUAACAACCAAAUUGUUAAUUGUCUCAAAUAUUAAAAUAAAUCCCCAGUAAAUUAUAGAAUACCGUACCUGUACAAGUUAACUAAAGAUAAAAAUAAAAGACAGCAAUACAUAUGUUUAUUUGGAAAUUUUUCUUUUGAGAUUACCAUAUAUUAUGGCAUAUAAGAUGCACUUUUUGUCUGAAUAAUGGCUACAAAAAACAGCCUGCUUCUUAUAUGUGAAGUUGCGGUCUCCUGCAAGCUAAUGAAGCCCUCGUUGCUGUCUCCAGUUGGCUAAAUUCUACCAAACCCAAGUCCAGAAUUAAAAUAUGUUAUUGCUUACUUAACCCCUACGCCCUGGGCUAGGGUGCUGCUGGCAGUACCCCCACACAUGGGGUAAA